AUGUCCUCAUAUAGGCUGGUAUUUGGAAAGGCGUGUCACUUGCCUGUGGAGCUAGAACAUAAAGCAUUCUGGGCUCUCAAGAAGCUGAAUCUCGACUGGCAGGCAGCCGGGCAGAGCAGACUAUUACAACUGAAUGAGCUUGAUGAGUUCAGGCUGCAGGCUUAUGAAAGUGCUCGGCUAUACAAAGAAAAGACUAAGAAAUGGUUGAAGCUUUUCCCAGGCAAACUGAAGUCUUGUUGGUCUGGCCCUUUUGCAGUCACUAAAGUAUUUCCUUAUGGAGCGGUGGAAUUGAUUGAGGAGGAGUCUGCGAGGAAAUUCAUGGUAAAUGGACAACGGUUAAAGCACUACUAG